UGUCAUCUCAUUGGUCCAGAUGCACGUCAAUCAGCUGGAUAGUGACGUAUGAGGUGUUUGUUUAGUGAGAGGGCAAGUACGUGCUAGACAAAACUACUGAAUUUGAUAUUCUAAUGGCUCUGAAUUGACACUACCUUAUAAAGUCUCACAGAGGACGUGAUGUAUUAUUCUGGUAAAAGGCGUGGAGAAGAUGGGAUUGCUGUUGUCAUUGACUUCCUGUUGUCCAAUGCCCGGUUGGUGCUGGGGGUCGGCGGAGCUGCGGUGCUGGGCAUUGCCACAUUAGCUGUGAAACGGCUGAUAGAACGUGCUGGUAGGCCUCCUGAUGAGAAGCCUGACAAGAAGAUGACGGACAGCUGGGAGGAGUUAAGCUUGGUUAGUGCCUCCCCCAAAUUGCUGCACAAGGGUAUAGAAGGAGUGGUCAUGAAACAGAUUGCUGCCGCAACCAAGAAAGCGGAGCUUUCCCAACCCAUUCCCCUGCCCUCACCUGAGCCCCAGCGCUGUGACGCUGACCCACCUCAGCGACGGAAACGCAUGGAUCUGUGUGUGAUGACGUUUGUGGACCGUCUGCAGCAGUACUACAGAACACGCGUGUGUCUGUCAGCAGAGGAAGUGUCUGUCGCACAGCAGAGAGCGUUAGAUAUAGCCACAGAGAUCCAGGCCUUCCUGCACUUCAAACACCCAAGCAUGCCACUGGGAGACAUGAUGCUGGCGGGGUCAUUGCUUGACAACCUGCAAGUGGUUAAAGCCGACCAUGCUUGCUUGAUCGUGCCCCUACAGUUGGAGUCCAGUCUGUGGACGCCUAUUGCCGGAGAGGACACAUUUUUGGGUCACCCUCAGUACUGCAUGGUGCGCCGUGAAAACCUUGAGUACUACCCGAGGGGGCGGAGCUACUGGGAUCGACAUUUGCUGGGUGGAUACUUGUCGUCGCGGCUUGUUUCCGAGCAACUAGGCAAGACAGUGAUGGAAUCAAUGAACUGGCCAUCGCUGACCGGAACCCUGGAGUGCGAGGUGCGACCGGUGCUUGGGUCUCCUGAGCUCAAACUGGAAAUUCAAGGGUUAACUCAAAGCAGUUAUGACAGUGGAAAACGCUUCUAUAUGACAGUGUUGCCAACAGUUCGCCUUGGCGAGAUGACGCUUACGGCGCAACGAGAGAUCACUGGGUCAUUCGACUAUGUCUGGUACCAGAGCCUAUACACUAGCGAAACGGCUAGAAUAGCGGAUCUUGACAAAGCAGACUCGGGGGUCAGAAGAAAGUGCCUGAAAACACUAAAGGCGGUGUGCUGCAACUGCCCUUCACUACGCAAGCUCAACGGCAGCCAUCUUGGCAACGUCAUUCUACACAUGAGUGAAAAUGAAACAGAUUGGACGGAAUCAGCAUUUGCUGAUAGGUUCCUGCAGGCGAUCACUGAGCUAAUCGGAUAUUUGGAAACUGGAAUCUUGCCUAGUUACUUCAAACCUAAUGUGAAUCUGUUUCAGGGUUUUACUGAGGACGACAUUGAUGAGAUGGGCUUCAUGCUGUACUGUGCUGUAACUGAACCUGAGAUUCUACUGAUCUGAUUCACUCCCCCUCCGACUCCUUCUACGCACAGAAUAGUACUUUUAUCAAAACAACUCUCUAUGGCAACUGGCAUUAAUGCACCUUUAAACAAUGAAUGUAAAAUUACAUAUCAUUUCUAUAAGGUGUCUAUUCAUGGUCCCCUUAUGUGUAUUUCCACUUACCUACUCCUUGAAAGGGGAUUUUGAAGUGACAUUGGCUCCAUUUAACUAUGCAUCACUUACCUAGACACAGACUUUGCUUGGAUAUAGAUUUUAAAGAAGUGAGAGAACGCUUUCAUGGUUCAGACCAUUUGUCUGUGACUUAAGAUGGAUUUUCUUUUGUUGAUAACCUGUUCUGAGCUCUGCGUUGACCAUGUUUUACUAUUUUGCUUUUUGGAGCAAUGGAAGUAAUCACAGACAAUGCGAAGCUGUGUUGACUUUGAAGAAGCAAAUACUUAAUAUUAAGACAAUAAAGCAGUAAUGCAAUGCCUUUGUUGAGAAUAUUUUUAUAUACUUUUUUUUUGGUAAGUUUCUUGCUUACAAUGUAGCAAAAUUACUGAGUGUGUUUGGGGAAAAUGUGCGUUAAGGGUUGUCUAAACAUUUAUAAGUGUUGUUUUCCUACUUACCCACAUUCUAGCCUUUUGUCAGUACUAGCAUAAAUGAAACAGUUCAACUAAAAGUUAAUAUGUAAAAGCAGGUUUCCCUUUAUACAUCUUAUUAUAACUUGCAAACAAGUUUGGUUAAAAAAUAAAUAGCAGAAACAAAAAUAUUGGUAGGAUCAAACUUCAUGCCGAUCCUACACUGCUGAUAGGGUUACAUCCCAGCAAACACAGAACGUUAUGUUAGUUUUUGGUUCCCGUUUGGAUAUUUAUUUAAUUUAAAAAAAAUUUGAGAACCAAGAAAGGAACGUUCUUUUUAGGUUUUAAUCUUUGCAACCAUAAAAUAAUGUUCCCAGAAUGUUGCAGGGUGGUUAUUUAAUAACCUAAAAA